CAGAACACAGUCGCUCCGAAACCGAAGUCCGAUAGCACGUUUCAACGAGCAAAGGCGAAAGAACACAUGUAAAGAAAGGCAGAUUUAAUUGAUUCAACAUCAUGAAAGAGAAGAAGCAAACAUCUCAUAGAAGAAGCAGUUAAGGAAAUAUCUCCAGACAUUGAUCCUGUUUACCAGAAAAUUUUCAUGUGUUGUAUUGAAGUAAUUAAACAGGGUUCAUUUGUUAUACAUCUACGAAAGGUGAUCUACUUUGAAUGAAAUAUUUCGAAAAUGACACUUCAGGACUAUUUAAGGAAGGCACUUUUAACUACAGAAUUUAAUGACUUUGUUACAAGGCCACCACUAAUUGGCCCUUAUUUCCUCGAUUCUUCAAGUCAAUACAUCGAUGACUCUCAAGUUGCAGCAAAUGUUAGUGAAAUUCAACAAACAGGAUUUAGUGGUGGAGUCGGAACAAUAUUCAUCGCUGUCAGUUUAGGUAUCUUCAUUUUACUCACCAUCAUUGGCAAUGUCUUUGUAAUAGUCGCCAUUUUAACUGAAAAGAAUCUGAGGGGUUUAGCUAACAAGUUGAUUCUUUCACUGGCAGUGGCAGAUCUCAUGGUUGCAGUACUGGUCAUGCCUCUCAGUGCUUAUAAUGAGGUUAAUCAACAGGUGUGGGCACUUGGACCAGAAAUUUGCAUGCUGUGGACAUCUUUAGAUGUUCUUUGUUGCACGUCAUCGAUUCUGCAUUUGCUAGCAAUUGCAAUCGACAGAUAUUGGGCGGUUACUGAUAUAGAAUAUGCGAGAAGUCGAUCGAAGCAGAAGAUCUAUUUACUUGUUGCAGCUGUUUGGACUGGAUCUUCUAUUGUAUCAUUUGCUCCAGUUUUCGGAUGGAAAGACCCGGAUUUUUACCGCCGAUUAGAAAUAGAAGGCAGAUGCUUAGUUAGCCAGAAUGUCAUUUACCAAGUUUUUGCCACUUGCACCAGCUUUUACAUUCCUCUCAUUUUCAUUCUUCUGCUUUAUUGGAAUAUCUUUAAGCAGGCAAGGAAGAGGAUAAGGAGCAAACCUGGCGCAUCUGCUGUAUUAAUUGAGAAAAACAACAGCAAUCCUGGCUGUUCAACUUCUCCUCAGUCUAACGAGGACCAAACAGAAGAAAGCAAAGAGAAUCCUCAAGAUCAUAUUGCAGAAAAUGGAGUCAGCUCAAAUCAAGCAGGUGUGGGUCGCUUGAUUGUUUUGGCAAAGAGAGAGAAGAAGCAUGUCAAAGAAUCCACUGAGGCAAAACGUGAAAGAAAGGCAGCCAAAACACUUAUGAUUAUAACAGGUGUUUUCAUUUUCUGCUGGCUGCCGUUCUUUGUUAUGGCAUUAAUGAUGGCAAUCUGCGAAUCCUGUGAGCCAGAUGGUAUCAUAUUCAGCAUUUUGCUUUGGUUGGGUUACACCAAUUCCUUAGUUAACCCAAUCAUAUAUACUAUAUUCAGUCCAGAUUUCAAAAAUGCCUUUAAAAGGAUGCUUUGCGGUGCUCAUUAUACUUCUCAGAGACACUAACUUAAGAAACGAAAAUUGUGAUGCAGAAGUUCGAAAAAAAACACGUCCUUGUGACUAGAUUUCCCUAAUUAAGAGCUCUGAGCAUGACUAAAAUUGCUUAUACAUAAUAUGAAGAAUUAGAAAGGGGCGCGUGUGUUAUUGAAGAUUUUCAUUGAAUCUUCACUCGCUUAACCAUCAUUAAUUAACUAGAUUACUCAACUUCAAUUAUUAAAUAUUCAAUGGACUAGAUACUUAUUUUAAGAGCUUCAGCAUCCAAGAGGAACCAUGAAUCUUUUACUGGAAUCCGUGAAUAAGUGACUUGCAAGCAUAUCAUGUUUGGUUUUCAAGCAAAAUUGAUGUGAAAUCUUACAAAAUGAAUUCCUGUGUGUUUCUUGAGAUUUACCAAUGAAAUGAGGACUUUCUGAAGCACAUUUGGGAUUUCUUGAAUUUUACUAUUCAUAUCAAAUCAAUACUGAAGUGAAUCAACUCAAUUUGAUGAUAUAUCAUUUUUUAAAUAAGCUAUUCAUUUAUUGAGAAAACACUGCACGUUCAUCGUGGGAAUAGGUUUUGAACAAGUUUAUUAUUUUUAUUUUUUCUCCCCUUUCGCGUGUGAAAUCAGAUUCACAAACGUCGACGCCAAUAUUUUAACAAGUGUUCAUACCAUUAUGUUGAGUCUUAUCUAUUGCUCAUAUCAUCAGUAUGUGUGAAUUCUUCUCUCCUCGUUUAUUGUGAUGUUACAGUGAUAAUCUAUCGAAUGUCGUGUUUUUUGGAUCGUCGUUUAGAUUCUAAGCAUUGUUUCGUAAAUAUAUUAUGUCCAAGCAAACAUUCAUCAUUGUUUUAAAUGCUAUUAUCUUGUAAAUCUUGUACGUUAUGUAUACGUUUAUUUUUGUAACAUUAAUAUAAUAUGCCGUAUAUAUGUAUAAUGGCUUCAAUGUGUAUAAAACAUAACAUUCGUGAAUUUAGCUGAGUAAAGAGGUAGACAUUUACUGUAUUUUUUAUUGUCAUUAUGGUAAAUUAUGUUUGAUGUAUUACUAUGGCGAAUUAUAAUAAAUAUAGGUGUAGCAAUUUUAAAGCACUAAGGUGCUUUCGAAAUAAUUUUAUUUAAACAUUUUAUCAAAUAUAUUAUCUUUGCAUCUAUUAUAUUCGAUGUCAAAGACAUCAAAUAUUUGUUUAUAUCAUAGAUAUCAAAUACCACUGAUUUCAAAGGCAUUAUACCUGUUAUUAUUCAAAGAAAUAUACCUGUAUAGAAUAUAUUAUUCAAAGAAUUAUACCUGUAUUAUUCAAUUCA